CCGCACCCCUCUUGGAUUAUAAAUUCGGCAUGGAUGCAUUUCGCGAGGACCUUUCCCGACUCGGAAGGACGCCGUAGUUGAGGAGAGUGGGCCGGUCACCGCUGCAAUAGUCAUGGCACCAGCUGGAGCAAAGAGGGGCGUCUUGGAGCGUCUGGACGCGGGAGAGAUCGUCAUCGGGGACGGGGGCUUUGUCUUCGCCCUCGAGAAGAGAGGUUACGUCAAAGCGGGACCGUGGACACCCGAGGCUGCUGCCGAGCACCCCGAAGCGGUGCGGCAGCUGCACCGGGAGUUUCUGAGAGCGGGCUCCAAUGUCAUGCAGACGUUCACCUUCUACGCAAGCGACGACAAGCUGGAGAACAGGGGCCACACUCAGCGCUUCUCCGGGCAGCAAAUAAACGAAGCAGCUUGUGACCUGGCCAGGGAGGUGGCCAAUGAGGGUGACGCUCUGGUGGCAGGGGGGGUCUCUCAGACCCCCUCUUACCUCAGCUGCAAGAGUGAGGACGAUGUCAAGGCCAUCUUUAAGAAGCAGAUCGACGUCUUUGUCCAGAAAAAUGUGGACUUCUUGAUUGCAGAGUACUUUGAGCAUGUGGAAGAGGCUGAGUGGGCAGUCCAGGUUCUGAAGACCACCGGCAAGCCAGUGGCUGCCACUCUUUGUAUCGGACCUGAAGGAGACCUGAACGGAGUCAGCCCCGGAGAAUGUGCCGUCAGACUCGUCAAAGCUGGAGCCCAGAUCGUUGGCAUUAACUGCCACUUUGACCCAGAGACCUGCGUGAAGACUGUGAAGAUGAUGAAGGCGGGAGUGGAGAAGGCCGGACUGAAGGCUCACUACAUGAGCCAGCCGCUGGCCUACCACACUCCCGACUGCAACUGCCAGGGUUUCAUUGAUCUGCCAGAGUUCCCUUUCAGUCUGGAGCCGAGGAUCCUGACCAGAUGGGACAUGCAGAAAUACGCCCGGGAAGCGUACGAUGCUGGCAUUCGUUACAUUGGAGGCUGCUGUGGAUUUGAACCCUAUCACAUCCGUGCCCUGGCUGAGGAGCUGGCACCUGAGAGGGGUUUCUUGCCUGCUGGCUCGGAGAAGCAUGGCACCUGGGGUGGUGGCCUGGAGAUGCACACUAAGCCUUGGGUCAGAGCCAGGGCCCGUCGUGACUACUGGGAGAAGCUGAAGCCUGCAUCUGGCCGUCCCUUCUGCCCCUCCAUGGCCACACCUGAUGGCUGGGGUGUCACCAAAGGCCACGCUGACCUGAUGCAGCAGAAGGAGGCCACCUCCCAGGAGCAGCUGAAGGCUCUCUUUGAAAAGGCCAACAAGGGCCAAUGAGCUCCCCUCAGAGGUAUCUGUUUUUAAAGGAGGAAGCCAGAGGUGGUGUGUGAGGAGGCCUUCUCACACAUUCCCUCAAGUUUACAUACCAAAAUAAACAUCGAAAUGCUGAAGUUAUUUCUGUUUAAGGACCAUUUACUCAGAUUUCAAAUUAGCUUUUCAGCCUUAACCAACAGUGAGUGCCCGUCUCUGUACCAUGAUCACAUCUGUGAUCUUUGUGAAAUUACUGUGACUACAAAGCUACGAAAGAGCAGCUGUGAAUGCACCUAAGUGACACCUUUUGACACUCCGAAAGUGCUUGUUGUCUUACAGAAGAAUGUAUGUAUAGCAAUAAACUUCCAAUUAAACAAA